UACAAUCAGUUUCUCUGUUUGACGGUUCAUUGUACGUACUGGUCGCGAUUCUACUCGUUGAGUUUGUGUCAUUACGAUGGGAGACGGAGUUACUGGUGGUUAUCGGUUGGUGAAGUUCCUACUCUUUGUCUUUAACCUUCUUUUUUGGGUCUUCGGCAUUGCGCUCAUUGUUGUUGGCGCGAUUGCUCUGAACAAGUAUGGCUCGAUUUUCACGUUGGCGUCAGGCCAGAACUGGUCUUCGGCUCCAGCUCUAGUCAUCGCCGUUGGCUGCAUCGUGUUUCUGGUCGCCUUCUGUGGAUGUUUCGGCGCUAUUCGAGAGAACAAGUGCUUUCUCUACUUGUUUUCCGUCCUGUUGAGCGUCAUCUUUGUUUUGACGUUGGCUGGCUGCAUUUUGGUUGCUGUGUUCAAGAAUGAGAUUGAAGACGAUCUGAAGAAGGUAAUGGAAAGAUCACUCCAGAAGUAUAACAAUAACAAUACAGGCAUUAUGAAUGCUUGGAGGAGUUUGCAAAGGGACUGGCCAAAGUGUUGUGGCGUUACGAAUUAUACUGAUUGGGAGAAUAACGGCAUUACUAUUCCACAAAGUUGUUGUAAGCACGGUAGUCCUUGUGACGUAUCGGAUCCUACACAACUCUACCCAGAGGGAUGUUUCAAUAAAACGGUCAGCGCCAUUGAAGAUCACUGGCCGGUUGCUGCAGGUAUUGCCGGUGGUGUGGCCGUCAUUCAGUUGAUCGGUGUCUUCAUGUCAUGCGGCUUGGCCAGGGCAAUUGGUGCGUCGUAUGAAGUUGUGUGACAUGCUACAAUCGGGUGAUCGUUUAGAAUGAGGAGACAAUGAGUAUUGAUGUAGUAGAGUAAACACAGGUUGUAGGCAGCUGUCAGUGUUUUUUGGGGAAAGUUUGUGUGUGUAUGUCGUGUGCGUCUUUGUUGCGGGCUGCUUAGGACCUGAUUCUUUCGAUUUCGUACAUGUUGCUGUAUGAAGUAAGUCGAUGGCGUAGUUUCAGAUAAUUUCAGAUGUUUAUCAAAUUCAAUAAUAUCUGGUAGUAGA